UUAGAGUGUCUCGCCCGGCGAAGCUGUUCCGGGGUCUGGGAUGUUACCUGCCGUGCGCGGAAGCGGCUGCCUGAUGCCUAAUAGCUGAGUAAGGAUACGGCGGCGUUCUGUAACGUCGGGAGAGGUGUUUAACGUCAGGCGAGUUAAGCCGUGGACGGCUGUUCGUCUGCGACGGCGGUGCGAACUGUUCUUUAUCAGCGUCACCCCAUGUUUGCAACUGAACACGGUUUAGGAGAACUAUUUAGACACGGCGUCUCCAGUCUGUGCCGCUCCACAACCCAAGAAGAUUUGGACUAGUUCUGCCCCAAGACAAAUAUACUCGACGCCUUGGUCAUGAAAGAUGACGUUUAGGUCCAUUACAUCCUCACAAAGCUGUCCCUAAGGGCGCAAUCAGGAACGCUGGGGUGCGAAGCUGAUGGAGGUUCCCACAGCUCACUGAUUGUAUCUGUGUGAUGCGAGCCCUUAUCUCCACAAUCAAGCGUCCAGGCGUGACAGAUCUUCAUAAUAAAUCCAUCAGGGACACAUGACGUGGGGCGUAAGCAAAAAAUCAAUACCGCCAUGCGAUUCAGGAAAACCUCACAUCGCUUAAAUGUCAAACAGCCGGAGAACCCGACGGCGGUGCGGUUGGUGAGGGGACAUCGGCAGCGCACUUCAUUUCCGAUCUUCCAACCUUCGUUUCUCUCCGGAUACGAAGACUUUAGACAAGAAGGUCGACGGCAAUUGAAUCUUGCUCUAGUCCGCGUGGCCGGUAGUCUAUUAUUCGACAAAGAACAGCGACAAAGAUAUCGAUAAUGACGUCCUGGUUCCCCCGAAGCUUGUGGACCGUGUUGCUUGCGAUAACUACAGUUCGAGUGAAGGCUCACCCUUGCUCCGUGUGCGUUUGCCGUCUGUCACCGGAACGGGUCUUUUGCGACGAUCUUGGUCUGAUGAAAAUACCCGAGGACAUACCGGUCAGCACCAAAGUACUGCGGAUACACGGGAAUAACAUUUCCACUUUAGGACCCGGACAGUUCCUUGACUUUCCUGCAAUGCUAGACUUGGAUUUAAGCGAAAACUUAAUACAAGGUGUUCAAGAUAGAUCAUUCUCUGGACUGAACGGACUAAGGACCCUCAAUCUGCGAGGCAAUAGAAUCGUCUUUGUCACGUGGAAUACCUUCACGGGUCUGGCCAAUUUACGCGAGCUGCAAUUAGGAAGAAACCCCAUCAUGUGCCUAGGAACGAACACGUUUGCGUACCUCCCCCUCCUGGAGUCCCUUGAUCUCGGAGAGCUGUUUCAUCUACAUGCCAUUUCAAAAGGGGCAUUUAGCCGCUUGUCCAGAUUGCUUUACUUGAACAUAAGUGGAUCCAACCUGACAGGAGUGCCUUUCCUGGGCUAUCUGCACAGCCUGGAAGAGCUGGACAUUUCCCACAACGCUAUAAAAGCAAUUACCGGGAAUGAUUUUCAAAGCGUUUCCACAUUGAGAAAAUUGCUUCUAUCAAACAAUGGGCUCUCUGCCAUAGAAAAGUAUGCGUUCGACGCUCUUAAGUUCGUGUACAAGCUGGACCUAUCGGACAAUAGCUUACGAGGAUUGCACAGAGGUAUGUUUAAGCGCAUGGAUUCAUUAGCAAAAGUCAAUCUGAAAAGAAACCCGUGGAAAUGCACGUGCAAGUUGGCAUGGCUAGCCAAAUGGCUGAGAGACCACAUUCACAAUGAGUCUCAAAGGGUGUGCGGAGCGUGCAAAUACCCGAAAACCUUACGCGGGCAAUAUCUCUGCAGCGUUCCUCUUGGCAACCUAACGUGUGAAGCAACUCCCACCGGUAGUGCGUCGGGCUCGUCAAAUGUCACCUCUGAUGCGGAAGACAAAUCGCGGUGUAUUCAAGGACGCGUUCCAAGUUCGAAUGCGGGUUCUGCCAAUGGAACGACGGUGGUGAAGGGCUCGUUCCGAGUUCGCGUGGCUCUGUCGAGACACGGUCAGCAGGGAUCUGACCCGAAUGGUUCUGAUUCCGUGCCUGUCGUGUACAGGUGCCCGACGGAAAACUCCGCAGAGGCGGAAGAAUUUACAAGAAUAUCCGGCAUCAUUCUGCCCGUGACACCUACACGGAAAGCGCUGGGUACAGACACCUUACCUGAGGACUUCGACGUGAAAAUGUGCGCGAAAAUGUUCGGCCUUAGCAUAGAUGCUACCAAAGGUUCUCCCAUUCAAGGUGACGAGACAAUGCCCGAUGUGUUUGAACACGACCACGUAGACACAACAAAAUCGUACUCCGCACCAACGACGAACUCUGACUACGCUUCCCAAGACGAACAGAGAACUAGUAGGAACACGGAGUACAUUGUUGGGGCUACAGUUUGUUUCAUAGUUCUUGGUAUACUGAUUUGGGGUUCGUUUUUUCUACACAUAAGGUGCAAAAGGAAGAAAAUCAGGCUAUUCAAGAGUAGACGAUGCAAAACAGCAUCUUGUUGUUGCAAUCUCUCCGGACGGCAGGGCAAAGUCGACGAGGAGAAUCAGGUAGAAAUUCCAGACGUGAACGUUCCUGAAGUUCAUUCUGAUGAGACAUUUACCGUUCUUAAGUCUACAGAAAAGCCGGACCUAUACACUCUUCCCAGUGUUAAGAUUAGCAGUCCGAAUUUAUACGUUAUUAGUGGUGCGCAAGAUGUAACAUAUCUGUAAAGGAUUUAUUAUUAUUAAUAUCUAUUACUCUAAUAGAUUUUCAUCAAAGGGUAAAAGAAUUAUUUUGAACUGCUACUUAUUUAUUGCGGAGGGUAUAGAGGGUGGGUGUCUAUUAAGCAACCUUGUCUAUCGUAGUUGCUUACCAACAAAUACAUGUACAGUAUUUUUUCUGCAAACCAACUGUCGUGUGUAAAACGACUGUCUAUUUGAAACAACUACGACACAUGUGUGAAAACGGAAAAACCAAAAGAAAUUACAAGACUUUCGAAAUCUCCAUCACCCAGGUGUUUCAAUGGUUCAUCUUACAUUCACAAGAAAAAAUAUCCCAGGGUCUUCACAUUAUUCCAGUACAUGUAUCGUAAUAGGAGUUGAUCUUUGAAGGAAUUCCUCCGGACCAUUCUAUGGUAAAUUUGUCAUUUUAAACGGUAUCUACUUCAAUACCUGUAACAUCGUUCUAAUUAAGUACAAAAUUAAAAACGAUACAAAAUCAAAAGGUAUUUUGGUACUUCCAUG